GCCGCCCGGGCACCGCAUACUACGGAAUUGAGUCGUUACGCUCCCUUGCACGGCACAGGGAGCACGGCGUCCGCACCUGCGACCUCGAGCAGUCGAGCGCGAGCGCGAGCGCGCACCGGGCACGCCCUUUCUUAUGUAUGCGUUUCUUUCCAACCUGGGCUCUGACUCCCACCGCGGACCGACCGAACCGAUUGCCCCUCCACGCGCUCCGCUUCGCACCCAAGUCCUCUAGCCGUUUGAUCCCAGACGGCGCGACGAGAGCGGGAGGUUCUAGCCGUUUCCUCCUCCUACAGUCCCACUCCGCAGUGGCACGGCGGCGCCGCCGGGUUCUCGAUCGGGCUGCUCCCUUCACUUCACUUCCCUUCCCUUCCCUUCCUUACCCGCCGCCGCGGCACACGGUGCACGUGGAUGGGCUGCAAGGGGUCCAAGCACGCGCUGCACGGGGGCUGUGGAUUGGCGGCGCGAGCGCCGGAGCCGCAGAGCCGCUCGGGACGACUGGCGCCGCGGCACUCCGUCGUCGCGCUGCGGUCGUCCACGCUCGGAACGCUCAGCCUCGACCGCGCCGUGGCGGCCGUCGCGGCAGCGGGCCUCUCUUUCGACGCUGCAGCAGCAGCAGGAGGAGGAGGAGGAGGAGGCGUGGACGAGGCGACGACGAAGGCCGGAGACGACGACGUCGACGGCGCAGGGACGAAGCUGCUGGGGCCGUCGCGGUCGUUCGGCGGGUGGCGCCCGACGACGCCGCCUCCCGUGGCGGCGCCGCCGAAGCGGCAGAGGAGGGCGGUGGUGGCGGCGUCGAAGGCCGUCGCGCCGCCGCGGACGCCGAACGAGACGCCGGCGCGCAACCCCGACCCCGAUCCCGAGGAGAUCGACGUGUGGGAGCUCAUGAACGGGCUCGAAGACGAGGACGAAGAGGCGGACGACGGCGCUGAGCGGAAGGCGCGGUCGGCGCCCGCGUCCCCGGCGUUGGUGCCGGAGAUCCUGGACGCGUUCCGGAAGGCGCUCGACGACCUGACGCCUGAUGACUCGCCUUCGCCCCUUCCUCGUUUCGUCAAACCCAGCGGAACCGGUGGCGCCGAGAAGCGCGAGAUCCAGACGUUCCCGGGCAUCGUGCGGGCGCGGGUCGACGUGUUCCAGGAAAAGAUCAACACCAAGACGACGAAGCUUGCAGCCAAGGCGGUCUCGCUCUCGCCGCCGGAGAGCGCGGGCCGAGUCGUCGUGUACCUCACCAGCCUCCGCGGGAUCCGGCAGACGUACGAGGACUGCCGGUCCACGAGCGCGGUCCUGCAAGGCUACGGCGUGCGCGUCGACGAGCGCGACCUGUCCAUGCAUGCGGGCUUCAAGCACGAGCUCCGCGCCGCGCUCGGCGUCGGCGACGGCGACGGCGACGAAGCCCGCCGGCCGCCGCUCCCGCAGGUGUUCGCGGACGGCCGCCACCUGGGCGGCGCCGAGGAGGUCCGCCGCAUGCACGAGGCCGGGGACCUGGCGUCGGCCCUAGGUGCCUGCGACGCGGCGCCGUGCGCCGCCGGCGCGCAGGACGCCUGCGCCGGCUGCGGCGGGGUGCGGUUCGUGCCGUGCGGCGGGUGCUCCGGCAGCUGCAAGGUGUUCGUGGACGACGAGGAUGGCUCCGGUGCCGGAGCGUUCAGGCGGUGCCCGGAGUGCAACGAGAACGGGCUAGUGAAAUGCGCCGUUUGCUAGAUUAGUUUUGCCAUCUUUUUUUUUUUGAGAGAGAGUUUGUGUGGAAUUUUUUAUAACCCCAUCUCCAUCCUUGUUUGACGACCAGUUUCGAUCGUGAUCGACAUCUUGUACAGAUCAGAAAGAAAACAAACAGUUCUUUGGAUUUCGAUGA